CUAAAGUUACUUCGAAGAUGUGAUGUAGAUGUCUGUCAUUUUAGCUUGCUUCUCUCUCUUUUUUUUUUUUUAAAUUUUGUUGUAAUAUACAUAGGAACAUCUGGUUUUGAUUGAUUGAUAUUUUUUCCCCACCAUGUCAUCAAUUAAGUUUCUGAAUUGGACUGCCUGAUGUUGUAAAAAUGACUUAUUCCUUUAAAAUUACGUUAUUGGUGCUAGCAUACUUCCUGCUUAUCACUGGAUCUGUAGUAUCUAUUGCCCUUGUACCUUUCCAGCGGUUCAGCAUCUAAAGAAUGUACUGAGGCAUGUGACAGCACUCGGAGAAUCGAGAGCUAAUGCAGCCUUGCUGCAUAGUGCCCAGUGAUAAUGCAGGACAGAUCGUGCACUCUACAAAAAUAUCACCUGCAAGCUUUCUGCUGUGAGUAGCUUCUGCAUCUCGCGUAGUGCGAACACCUUUUCCAGUGCAAUGGUGUACAGGUAACUUACACCCACGCCACUGACAAAAAUGAACUUACAGUUCUGUUUGUACAGGUCAGUUCUGGAAGCCUGGAUUUUGUCCUAAUUUUGUAAUCAACUUGCUCAGAAAUAAAAGAUAUAUCCUUUCCUUUCUCAUCCUUGGCAUCAGGUGUUUUAAAGUACAUCAUCACUUUUGAAUAAUUAAUUAUUUCCUUUAUCGCUUCAGGUAUUUCUGGGAAAAGCCAGCUUCUGUUUGCACUGGUCUUCACUACCCGUUAUCUGGACCUCUUCACUUCAUUCAUUUCAUUGUAUAACACAUCUAUGAAGCUUAUCUACAUCGCUUGCUCGUAUGCCACCGUGUAUCUGAUCUACAUGAAAUUUAAGGCCACCUAUGAUGGAAACCAUGAUACAUUCAGAGUGGAGUUUCUGAUAGUUCCUGUUGGUGGACUCUCGUUUCUUGUCAACCAUGACUUCUCUCCUCUGGAGAUACUGUGGACGUUCUCCAUCUAUCUUGAAUCGGUUGCUAUUCUCCCUCAACUUUUUAUGAUCAGCAAAACUGGGGAAGCAGAGACCAUCACUACUCACUAUCUUUUCUUCUUGGGUCUGUACCGUGCCUUGUACUUAGUCAACUGGAUUUGGCGCUACUACUUUGAGGGAUUUUUCGACCUCAUAGCUGUUGUUGCUGGUGUGGUCCAGACCGUUCUUUACUGUGACUUCUUCUAUUUGUAUGUUACAAAAGUACUCAAGGGAAAGAAGCUCAGUUUGCCAGCGUAAGUGCCAAAAAAACAUCACCAGCAUCUGUCCUUUGGGAUGCUUGGACAGAACAAUCCUUAUCACAAGCAAAGGCGAAGAUGCUUGAGACAGAAAGUCAGAAACAGCUCUUUAUAGUGCAGGUAGUCAUCAGCGGCUCUGUAAGAACGGAGGAAAAACAACCAGCAGAUUUCUGUUUGAUGCAUCUUGCCUUUAUCUUUUUUAUUACUAUGUAUAAAGAUUUUUUACAUAAAGAAACUUAUACUGUAUUGAUGAAUUCAGUGUAUGGUUUCAAUUGGAAUAGUUCCAAAAGUGAGAUUUUUGUGAGAUUGUUUAUGACCAGGAACAAGUGCAAACUUUUUUUUUUUAAUUUUCAAGAAUUUCUUUGAAAUGACUUUUUUCUUUUUUUUUUCCAGUGCACAGAUUUGUGCAUCCUUGAUGGAUGGUAGUCAUCUGUUCUUUCCCUUUGAUUCAAUUUUCAUUCCACUGUAUUUAUUUUUUUCCAAAAGGUGAAUAUAUGUCAACUCUAAAUCUGAAACCAGGGGUGUUUGGGGUGAGGUGCUGGUGCCCGCUCGUUGUGCCAUCUGCUGACGUGGAGCUGCUGCCAGAAGGGGAGCAGCCACCGCUGCCUGUGGUUGUUCCCCUUCUGGGGCUGGGGCCGGGUCAGGGACGGGCGCCGCCGUCCCCGGGGGUCACCCCGCUGUGGGGCACGGGGGGCGCUGGCCGGGGGGCGGUGAUGGUGACCCCCGCCAUGGGGCUGCGCUGGGGGCACGGGGACUCGCACCGUGGCUGCAGCAGUCUGUAGGUGAUCAUUUUAAACAGUAACUACAUUUUCUUUUAAUUAAUGCUUUAUAAGCAACUUCCAUGUUCAGCUUCAAGUGGUUUUUGAUGUCACUUUUGGACAAUUGAUAUUUUUUUUAUAAACUUUUCAAAAUCAGCAGCACCAGUUACCAUUCUUUAUCCUUUAAAUGAUUCCCUUUUUUUACUGAGCUGUUGCAUGAUUUAUCCUGUGUUACCAUCCUCAAUAAACACUUUAUGAAAUGGUGAAAA